AUGCACUCGCCGUCAGAGGAGCACCAAGAUGUCUACCAUUAUCAAUACAAGCCCUCUCCCCACUCUUUCCAGCCCUUCGUGUUCCCGUGUGACCGACAAUUCCCUAUCUAUGCCCAUUGUAACUCUCAACGCAAGCGCAAAACACCUCGCCUUCGCUGUAACACCACCCAUCCCAUGCCCAUUCCUCCCCAGCGGGAUCUCAUGCAAACCGUCGACCACCGCUACGCGGAAAGCGAGCGGCCGGCGCGGUCAAGUUUUGCAUUGUCCGACAUCUUCGAGAGCGAUGAAGAAGACGUGGAGAUCGAGAUAUCGCCCGUGCUCCCCUCCACCCCCAACACCGCCAAUUCCGUCUCGACCAGCAAAAGCGCCAGGAUACGCAUGAAGUCCCUCUUCACGGGUGUUGCAUACUCCGUGAAGGCGACUUGGGACCGCGCGCGUUCCUCGAGGAAGUAA